UCUCAGCCAGGAAAACAAAGACCGUUCUUCUCACCCAAUUCAAAUGGCGGGAGGAACCUUCAAUUAAUUCUAAAUCAGGAAGGAACCUCCCCAUCUCACUUCCCAAAUGUUUGUAAAAGAUGUCUUCUUCAGCCAACUUCCUGCCUUCCAGGCAUGGCACCCCAGAACUACGGAAACAGUACUCAGGAAUCGAGAGUGGCCAAACACUGCUAAUGGGAGAUAGGACACUCGUUGAUCAUGGGCAGAGAAACUCGGCACAACGCCGAGUCACGGUACACGGUGUCUUCGGCCUCGCCCAGGGACACCUGGUGACCCGCGGUCGAGUUCCAAGUCGGAGACAGAUUUUGCGAGUGGAUGAGAUGGUAAGCCAGGAUCCCAGGGCCUUCUCCAACUGCACUGGGUGUCAAGCGACACGGGGUUGGAUGGGGACUCCUUCUGGUUCAACCCUAGCCCACUCACUUCUCGGGCUGGCCAAAAUGCUGCACAGAGUCCCGGCCAGCCAUUAAUAUCAGACCCAGCAGAAAACCCAGUAAAAUCACUUACCAGUCUUCCACCUCCGGUGCUCAUCUAGCAGGAGCCUGACUCGCUGGCCAGACUCAAGCUCCGCACCAGAUAUUACCACCCUGGCGACCGCUCCAGAGCGUCACUGACAACCACCCGGAAAUGUUACUAUCGCUUCCGGGGCUGCCUAGCGCGCGGCGGGAAAUUAUUUCCCAGAGCCCGGAUUAGUGAAGCAGUUGAGUUGCUGCAGCAGCAGCUGUCGGCCCUGCUGCCGCCGCCGCCGCCGCCGCCACCGAAGGAAGCAUCCAAGACACUUCGGCCGGGAAGAUGGAAGAUGGUGCCCCAAAGCAUAUCAUCCAAAUGACAGGAUUUAAGAUGGAAGAAAAAGAAGCGCUAGUCAAAUUACUUUUAAAACUAGAUUGCACUUUUAUUAAGAGUGAGAAAUACAAAAAUUGUACACAUCUUAUAGCUGAACGCCUAUGUAAGAGUGAAAAAUUUUUAGCAGCUUGUGCAGCAGGAAAGUGGAUACUAACCAAGGACUAUAUAAUUCAUAGUGCCAAAAGUGGCAGAUGGCUUGAUGAAACAACUUAUGAAUGGGGAUAUAAAAUUGAAAAAGAUUCCCGUUAUUCACCUCAAAUGCAAUCUGCACCUAAAAGGUGGCGUGAAGAACUGAAACGCACUGGUGCUCCAGGAGCCUUCCACAGAUGGAAAGUUGUCCUCCUUGUUAGAACUGAUAAGCGAAGUGAUUCUCUUAUAAGAGUUUUGGAGGCUGGAAAGGCAAAUGUUAUUUUACCAAAAAGUUCACCAAGUGGAAUAACUCAUGUGAUUGCCAGUAAUGCAAGAAUUAAAGCUGAGAAAGAAAAAGAUAACUUUAAGGCUCCAUUUUAUCCAAUUCAGUAUCUAGGGGAUUUUCUUUUAGAGAAAGAAAUUCAGAAUGAUGAAGAUUCCCAAACCAAUUCUGUUUGGACUGAACAUAGCAAUGAAGAAAAAAACAAAGAUUUCAGGAAAGAUGCAGGAUUUCUUGAAAUGAAAGGUGCCUUAAAAGAGACCAUGUAUAGAACCCAGAAAGAAAUGCAAAAUCAUGAUGAAGAUGUUAAUGUUGGUUCUAUUUCGAGUGAACAUCACAAAAAAGAAAAAUUCAGUGGUUCCAGUAAAGAUUUGAAAUUUGUUAAAAUGAGAAAUACCUUUGGAAGUCAUACAUAUGAAAAUCAGAAAGAAAUGAAGAAUUCUAUUUUUGCUGAAUAUGCCAAAGAAUCAAAAGCCAUGGCUAUCAAGACAGAUGUGGAUGUUGUUGAAAUAAAAAAUGCCUUAAGGAAGCACAUAUAUAGAGCUCAGGCUGUCAGAUACAACUGCGUUAGAAUAGAUAAACAACCAGUGUACAAUGUAGAGGUUAAAAAUACUGAAUUUCCCAGAGGUGUAUUAAAUUUAAUUGAAAGCCUCAUAGAAGGACAGUUUUUUAAAGAAGCAAUUGAGGAACUUUCCACUUUGCAGGCACAUUAUAUCCCUCCUGUAUGCAUUCUUCAUGCCCUUCUAGAGAACGUUCUACAGGAUAACAUAGAUACAUUUUCUGGUCGAUACUUUCAUAUAUUGUCAGCUCUUCUUCACCUGCAUCCUCCUUGGAAGUCUCCAGCCAUGUCAAGUUAUUAUUUAGAGUUGUUUCAGUGUCCAACUUGUAUGAAAGGAGCAUGGUCUUUAGUAGAAGUCCUUAUCAGGUCUUGCCUUUUCAAUGAAAGCUUUUGUCAUCAAAUUUCAGAAAAUAUUGACUCCAAGGUGCUCCACCUGACGCUGCUCAAAUUUUUCUUUAAUUUAAUUGAAAGUGAAGUACAAUAUCUGAGUCAAAAGUUGUAUGACUGGUCAGAUUCUCAGAAUCUGAAAAUAACAGGAAAGGCAAUGCUUCUUGAAAUUUUUUGGUCAGGAAGUGAAACCUCUGGGCUUUUGACCAAACCAGUAAAUAUGCUUUUGGAAUGGACUCUAUAUUCUCACAAGGAAAAAUGCAAGUCUAAUGAUGUCUUCAAACAUGAACUAGCUUACUUAUUGACUGGAAUUCUUGGAGCAGCAAUAGAUUAUUGGAUUUUCCUUGGUCUUAAGAUGGGUAGAAAUGUGAUGCGACACAUGUCUGAUGACUUAGGAAGUUAUAUUUCUCUUUCGUGUGAUGACUUUUCUUCACAGGAAUUAGAGAUUUUCAUUUGCUCCUUUUCCUCCUCCUGGCUUCAAAUGUUUGUUGCAGAGGCAGUCUUUAAAAAGUUGUGUCUACAGAGCUCUGGUAGUGUUUCUUCUGAGCCACUCUCUCUUCAGAAAAUGUUAUAUUCCUAUUUACCAGCCUUGGGGAAAACUGGUGUGCUUGGGUCUGGAAAGAUUCAGAUAUCAAAGAAAAUAGGACAGCGGCCUUGUUUUGACUCUCAGAGAGCCUUACUAAUGUUGAAUGGUACUAAACAAAAACAAGUCGAAGGGCUGCCGGAGUUACCAGACUUGAACCUUGCUAAAUGUUCCUCAUCAUUAAAAAAAUUGAAAAAGAAGUCAGAAGGAGAAUUGUCCUGUUCCAAGGAGAAUUGCCCCUCUGUAGUUAAAAAGAUGAAUUUUCACAAGACUAAUCUAAAAGGAGAAACAGCCCUGCAUAGAGCUUGCAUAAAUAACCAAGUGGAGAAAUUGAUUCUUCUUCUCUCUUUGCCAGGAAUAGACAUCAAUGUUAAAGACAAUGCUGGCUGGACGCCUUUGCAUGAAGCCUGUAACUAUGGCAACACAGUGUGUGUCCAGGAAAUUUUGCAACGUUGUCCAGAGGUAGAUCUGCUCACUCAAGUGGACGGGGUGACUCCUUUGCAUGAUGCACUGUCAAACGGACAUGUAGAAAUUGGCAAGCUGCUACUACAGCAUGGGGGCCCAGUGCUUUUACAACAGAGGAAUGCUAAGGGAGAAUUGCCCUUGGACUAUGUGGUUUCACCUCAAAUCAAAGAAGAACUGUUUGCUAUUACAAAAGUAGAAGAUACAGUGGAGAACUUUCAUGCACAAGCAGAGAAACAUUUUCAUUACCAGCAACUUGAAUUUGGCUCAUUUUUACUUAGUAGGAUGUUGCUAAAUUUUUGUUCAAUUUUUGAUUUAUCUUCAGAGUUCAUUUUAGCUUCCAAAGGGUUAACUCAUCUAAAUGAACUGCUUAUGGCUUGUAAAAGUCAUAAAGAAACCACCAGUGUUCAUACUGACUGGUUAUUGGAUCUUUAUGCUAGAAAUAUAAAGACGUUGCGGAAACUCCCACAUAUUCUUAAGGAACUGCCUGAGAAUUUAAAAGUGUGUCCUGGAGUACACACUGAGGCCUUGAUGGUAACAUUGGAAAUGAUGUGUCGCAAUUCAUAUACAAAAUGUAUGUCGCUGCCCUAUGUAACCAAUAUUCUGUACCUGAAAAUAUUCUGCUGCUAUUUAUGGGACCUGAAGAAUUACUUGUUCUCUGGUGAGACUUUUCAGAUUCGACACAAAAGCAGGGAGAAACUGGUCAUACACCCCGUCACAAACUCCAGCUGAACUAACUUGGACAGGAGGAUCUUCCCUAACAGCUCUGGAAGGAAAUUGACAGAACUUUCAUAAAGCCAAAGACUGGCAGAAAUAAAUAAUGAUGAAACUGAGCAAUAGAGCACCCAGAAGGAGUGUCCCCUGCCAAAAAGAAUGUGGCAUUUCACCCUUCGAGAAACAAAUGGACACCCUGUCCCACAGAAGACCAGGGCUCACAUGUCACCGUCACUCACUUCUUUAUCCUUUCGCCAAAGGAAGCCACUUCAUCUAGGAUGUUCUGGACACUGACACAAACCUCCUGGAUGGCAUAGAUUUUAUUUAUAAAUCCUUUUUUUUCACUGUCCUAAAAUGCAAUAAAAAAGAAAUUAUGAGUAAAGGUAUUCUUCAUUGCUUGAAUUAUUUGUGUUGUCCCUCUUUUGCAUUUUUAAACUUAAAUCAACUUCAUUUUUGUGUAUAUAUAAAUGGAUAAUUGGAACCCAUGAAAAUAUCAGGAUUUUAAGGAACAUGAGGAGAAAGGGGACCCAGCGUCAUGGUUUUGUGCUUACAAAGAUGGCUGCAAAGCAAGAGCCUCGGGUUCCUUUGCACUUGCUCUGAUGAGCAGAACAUACAUUUGGGGGAGGAAGGUAUAAGAGAGAGGGGAGGUCCCAGAAUUACCAAACCCGGAUUCUACAGUGCUUCUGGAUUAACCGAGACAUACUUAGCGGACCCAGUUUCUUGACCCCACCGCCCAUAAACCUAACGUUUGUUGUGGCUCUAGAUAUUUCAGCAGCAGAGAAUGCUGGAUGCACUUGAGAUUUGUGAGCAAUGAAAACUGCAAAAAAAAGAAGAAAAGAAAAAAGAAAAAAACCACCAAAACCUGGAAUCUACUAUGUGGAUACUGCUUAGAUCAUAUACAAACUAAGCCUGACCACCUUCUUAAAAAUAAUAGUCAUAUAUUUUAUACAGUAGUAUAUGCUGUAUUAGGUUCUAACUAAACAUUUUUUCCCCUUUUUGGUGCUUAGUUCAUUUUAAAACACUGAAUUUAAGCAAAGCUGGUGUGCUCCAGAUAAUGGAUGGGUGGAGAUUGAGCAUUAAAUUUAAGCACCUAGAGAGUGGUGUGACCUUAGGAGAAAUGUGCAUAUUUUGCAAUUUUAGAGCCAAAGGAAGAAACAGUGGUGGCCUUUCACAAUUGAAAAUUCUGCUUAGUAGCCUGGCAUCACAGGCACUUGCCUAGGCUGUUUGGUGGAGACCAUCCAACCCUGAUUCUAUGACUCCAUUCCUCCAUGCCAGCUUGAAUAUCUAUGGAAAUGUAGAUCCAAUUUCAUUACUUUAACUUCUUUUGAACACUUGCACACUAUGCCAGAACACUUGAGACCUCAUGUGGCAGUCAGUGCUUGCUGAAAGCAGCCAGGAAGCUAGAAUAAUAAUGUCAUGUUGCACAUUUACAUACUGACUUUCAUUUCAGAAGAAUCUAAAGCACUCUACACUGUGAACACUUGGCCAGGGCUGGCAUCCCGCCACCUCAGAAACUGCAGGCAAGUGAAUGGCAGAUGUGUGUGCCUCCUCCAAGGACAACAGGGUACACUGGGACCAAGGACACAGAGGCCAGUUUUAUAACGAUCUUUGGUAUAGAUACCAGUUACUUAGAGUCUUAAUUUAAUUCACAUGGGAGAAAUGUGUCUAUUAUUCAUCUUGCUUAUGCCAAAAUGGAUUGUCAAUUAGGUAGACAAGACGCAUAAAGCUUAAACAGUAUUGGGAACAGUUAGCUACUCAGGGUUCCCCUACUGUCUUCAGAAGUCACCAUUCACUUGUCAUGACAGACGUUGGUCCAUCAAUUUAUCUUUCACACUCUCCAGUAAAAAAAAAAAAAAAAAAAGAAAAAAAAAUGUUAGGAAAAAAAAAAGUUUCACCUAUACAAUUGUGCACGUUAGAGUAAAAUGAGUAACCAGUGGCUUUUUCCUGUUCCUUUCAAAACUAGAAAGUUGGUCUGCCCCAACUGUGUGUCCUUUAGUAUUCUCAAGCACCAGCUAAGUUCAUUUAGUAUUCUCAAGCACCAGCUAAGUUAUUUAUGAGAAGCAAAGUACUCAUAAAUAUUUAUCCACAUACGGAAUAAGUCAAACUGGAGUUGAAGCAUGCUGGUUGUACAAUGGAAGUCCAUUGAGAAUGUCUUUCACCUCAAAAUUAUGUGAAAAAAUAUUUCACAGAGACAAAAUAUAUGAAAUACCUAGGUAAAACCUCAGCAGGAAAUGUA